GCUCAGUCUCUCGCACGCCGCUCCGUCAGUUCACACUGGCGCUGGACCAGGCUCACAGCCACCUACGUCCCAUAUCUACUAUAAUCAUUAGUUUGCAACGUCGCGACGUCUAUCUUUUCACCCGUUCAGUUUGCUAGGCAACAAUAUCGCGGGGUAGUACAAGGAUAGCUGCAUUUCUUCCUUCGGCUCGCUCCGUCAAGCAAGUAACGAACAACAACAAACACCGUACCCUUCACACGACAACAUCGCAAACAAUUCGUCAACAUGGCGUCCUUUUUCGAAAACCUAUGGCUCUCCAUCUUCACCCCUGGCCCGACGCCCACACUCCUCGUCGCAACAAACGCCUCCUUCGCCGCCCUCCAGCUCCUCCUCUUCGCCAUGUUGCUCGCGACCUACAGCAUACACUUCUUUAUCCUCUCAUUCUUAUGUGGAGGUCUAUGGUGGUCAAUCAACUGGUUUGCGGCUGAGAUUCGCGCUGCGCAGGCAAAAGAGGAGGAGGCGAAGCGCAUUCGGGAAGCACGCAGAGGGAAGGAGAAAGGAGCUACGGGUGACGAUGGGGAGGCAAUGGAUACGGGAGAUGAUACGGAGGUUGACACCGAAGUCGAACAAAAAUACAAACAAGCACCCAGGCCGAAACACAAUACACCGCGUGCGCCGCGCCCGGAGACGCAGAGUACGGUGUUUGUUGAGAGACCCAGUGGAAGUGGAAGGGAUGGGGCCCCGCAAGCUUCUUCGGCUGGUGUCAGAGAGCCUACAGCUACAAGUACCACGGGUGCUACGACGAGGCUUGCGCCACUGGACGAUGCGCUGAAGAAGAGGAAGGGGUUGGGGGAUUCGACGGGGGACCUAAGUACGGAUAGUGAGUGGGAGAAGCUAUCUGAAGAUUCCGGGGAUAGAUGAUAGACGUGUGCUGUUAACGCUUGUGGUUCGGACGCUCUUCCGCACGCUGAUAUAGGAUCUGGGAUACUAGACGCGUCAAACAAAGUCAUGGAGAUGUACUAGUUACCUGACCCACGUGAACACGCGAUAUGCUCCUUCCUGCCCUGCAUAUGUCAUGUUCACACUGUCCGAUAGGGCAAUACAAAGUUGAUGUCUCCAUAUACUCGUUGCUCCAGUCUCCUUCUGAACCA